AAAAACACAAAUGCGCGCCGCUUUAAAUUGGUCACCUGCCAGCGAAGCCAACUCAGAAACGAACUGAACCGCCAUGAUGGAGGUUCCCUGCAAAAUUUUAGCAGUUUGUCUGCUGCUCGUCGGCGCUCAGGCGUUCGCGGCCGUUGACGCAGCCAGGAGCUCCAAGGAGCUCACCUGGCAGUCCCUGUUCCUUGAUGCUGUGAGUGGAAAGCUGCAGCAGCCGAUGGCCCAAGAGCUCCUUGAAUUCGAGGACUGCACUGCCCUCUACACUGUGGACAACAUCGAGAUCCUGCUGGUGGCUGGCUACAAGAUUCGCCGCUGCGGCAACUUGGAGUCUAAGGAUAUUGAGAGAUACUUGGAACGCCAGGAUGCCGUCUACACGAAACGCAAUUUCGAACGGGAGUUGGUCAACUGCGCACUUCGCGAAUCGCACCAUGACAACCGGCAAUGCUACGUGGAUACCGUUCUGAACCUAUUCAGCUCCGUGCGUCCUUACCGCUACGAUCGUCGCCGCCGCAAUGCCUGCAUUUACCGCGAAGUGGAGAAGGCAGUGAUCAAGCUGAAUGCAGCCUCCCUCUCUCUGGCCAAUUGCAUCGCCCAGAGUCAGCCACAACCACAGCCGCCCCAGAACAGCACCCUGCCACCACCGCCCCAAAACACCACAGCCGGCGGACCUGGAUGGAACACCACUGCGUUCCCCAACACCAAUACCACACCCAACUUCACCCUCACCACUGUCUCUCCGAACUGGAAUACCACUGCCGAUGGUCCUGAGUGGGGAAAUAACUCUACUCAAGGUCCAUGGUGGGGAAACAACUCAACUGAAGGUCCAUGGUGGGGAAACAACUCUACUGAAGGUCCAUGGUGGGGAAACAACUCUACUGAAGGUCCAUGGUGGGGAAACAACUCUACUGAAGGUCCAUGGUGGGGAAACAACACUACGGAAGGUCCAUGGUGGGGCAAUAACUCUACUCAAGGUCCAUGGUGGGGAAACACCACUACUCAGGGUCCAUGGUGGGGAAACAACUCGACGGAAGGUCCAUGGUGGGGAAACAACUCAACUGAAGGUCCAUGGUGGGGCAAUAACUCUACUCAAGGUCCAUGGUGGGGAAACACCACUACUCAGGGUCCAUGGUGGGGAAACAACUCGACGGAAGGUCCAUGGUGGGGAAACAACUCAACUGAAGGUCCAUGGUGGGGCAAUAACUCUACUCAAGGUCCAUGGUGGGGAAACACCACUACUCAGGGUCCAUGGUGGGGAAACAACUCAACUGAAGGUCCAUGGUGGGGAAACAACUCAACUGAAGGUCCAUGGUGGGGCAAUAACUCUACUCAAGGUCCAUGGUGGGGAAACACCACUACUCAGGGUCCAUGGUGGGGAAACAACUCGACGGAAGGUCCAUGGUGGGGCAAUAACUCUACUCAAGGUCCAUGGUGGGGAAACACCACUACUCAGGGUCCAUGGUGGGGAAACAACUCGACGGAAGGUCCAUGGUGGGGAAACAACUCAACUGAAGGUCCAUGGUGGGGCAAUAACUCUACUCAAGGUCCAUGGUGGGGAAACAACUCAACUGAAGGUCCAUGGUGGGGAAACAACUCCACUGAAGGUCCAUGGUGGGGCAAUAACUCUACUCAAGGUCCAUGGUGGGGAAACAACUCAACUGAAGGUCCAUGGUGGGGAAACAACUCCACCGAAGGUCCAUGGUGGGGAAAUAACUCUACUCAAGGUCCAUGGUGGGGAAACAACUCCACCGAAGGUCCAUGGUGGGGCAAUAACUCCACUUCGGGACCCAACUGGAACAGCACCACCCUUGGCCCCAACUUCAACUCCACUCAAGGUCCAUGGCUCGGCAACUCAACCCAGGGACCCCUGAACACGACCGAAGCUCCUUGGUGGAACAACACGACCGCCAGUUGGAACACUACAACCGUGGACAACCGCUCCACCACCGAGGGCAAUUGGUUUGACCACCUGAUGAACGAGAUUGGAUCCCUCUUCUAGAAUCGAGAAGCCACGAAAAGCACACCCAAACUGUUGGGGGAUAUGGUCAGUGGAAUAAGCUUUAGGCCAGCAAAUAAAUAAACUUAUCAGCAUUGAAAA